AUGCUCACCUUCGACGCCCUGUCGCCGCGCUUCGCGCUCCUGGGUCUCGGCCCGUCGUGGAUGCUCAUGGACGGCGUCUUCUGCCAGCUCGCGACCUUCGACCGGACCCAGCCCGAGGGCCUGGCCCUCGCGACGUAUUUGGGCGCCGUGAGCGCGCUGGCGAACACGGUCGUCGUCCCGGCCCACGCCGCGGCGCAGCGGAAGCUGCGCUGGCCCACGCGGCGCUGGGUCGCGUGGGCGUCCUACGCGCAGCUCGCGUCGUGCGCGGCGCUCGCGGCGUGCUGGUCGCUCGCCGCCGGCGGCGCGAGCCUCGCGCUCUACGCCGCCGUCUUCGUCGCGUCCCUCGCGGGCAACGGCCAGCAGCUCGCGCUGAACCCCUGGGCCGCGGAGCUCGGCCAGUCUCGGCGCAUCGUCGAGAUGAUGGCCGGCGGCGACGCGGGCGCGCUCGUCGCCGCGUUGCUGGCCUCGGCGCAGCGCGCGCUCCCGCGGGGUUCGGCCCUCGCCGCGCCGUCGCCCUUCUUCGCGGCGCUGGGCGUGUUACUCGUGCUCGCGUGCGCCGCGCUGCGCGCGCUCGCGCCGGACGCGGCGCUCCGCGGCGGCGGCGACGCGCCCGCGGCGGCGACGAACCCGCUCCGCGACGGCGCCGACGACGACGACGUCGAGAUCCUCGGCGACGCCGAGGAGGGCGACGACAAGGACGACGACGACGCGGCGCCGGUCGUCCGCGACGACACGGAGCCGGUCGCGGACGACUGGGAGGCGACGCGGACGCUGUCGCUCGCGAUGCCGGCGCUCGGCGACGGCCCCGGCGAGCACCGUUUAAGCCGCGUCUUGACGCUCGCGCGGUCGAACGCGGCCUACCAGCUCACGUCCUGGGUCCUGCUGCGGUCCCUGCUGCCCUACGCGAUCAACGCCGCCGCGCCGGCGCAGAGCUCGGACGGCGCGGUCUUCCUCGCCUUCGCGAUCAACGGGAGCCUCGUGGCCUGCUUCCUCGGCGCGUGCUUGGCGGCGCGCGACCGCGCGCCGCUCGACGUCGGCCGGGCGAACGCGGUCAUGGGUUUUGCCUUUUCUGUCGUCGCCGUCGUCGCGACGGCCUGCGCCCUCGGGGGCCGCCCGCGGUCCGCGGCGCCCUGCGUCGCCAUCGCGCUCGCCGCGGCGGUCAUCCGGGGCCUCGACGGCUACUGCACGCCCCUCUUCUACCGCGAGAUCCACGCCGUCUCCGGCUCCGUCGCCGUGCUCCAGUGGUCGGGCAUCCUCGCCAUCUGGGUCGUCAACGCGGGCGUCUGGCGGCCGCGUCAUCUGUGCUGCAGCGCAAUGGGCCUCAUAAGCGUGGCCUACGCGGCAGUAAGCAGCGACAUGGUCGCCAUCCCGCUGAGCGCCGGCUUCGGGCGCGUCGCGCUGCACGGCGACCGGGAGUCGCGGCCGCGGCUCUGGGCCGAGGCGGCGCUCAUCGCCGCCGUCGCCUACCACAACGGCCUCGCCGUGCUCGGCGGCAACGGCGCGGGGCCCUGGCGCGACUUCGGCGCGACGGUGGCGCUGCAGUGCCUGUGCCUCCUCCUCGCGCGCGGCGCGCGGCCCGCCGUCGCGGCGGCCGCCGCGGGCGGCGUCGGCGCGGCCGUCGCCGCGGGCGCGGCGGGCGCCGGCGCCCGCGCGGCUGCGGCCUUGUGCGGCGCGGUCGUCGCGCGGCGCGUCGCGGGCCCGAAGCUCGGCGACGCCGGCGCCCGGGCCGCGGCCGUCGUCGUCGCCGCGGCCGCGUGGCGCGCGAUCCCCUGGGCCUGCGCGGCGCUCUUCCCCGUGCCCGAACUCGCGGACGCCUACGCCGUGCUCGAGUCGCUCAUGGUCGGCGCCGGCGGCGCGGAGAAAUUGCGCACGCACACGGUCGUGCUCGCGUUCGUGAGCUGCCACGUGCAGCUCGGCGUCGGGCGCCUCGGCGUUGAGUACCUCCGGCUGAGCCAAAAAAGGAAGAACGCGCUCCUCGGCGUCGGCGGCGACGGCCCGGCGACGGCGCGGCCCCACGGGCGGCGCGUCGCGGCGUUCGUGGCCUUCGUGGCGCUGCCCUACAUGGUCCAGCGCACGUCGAUGGAGGCCGUCGACGGCCUGCUGUUUCGACGCUACUCGUUCGCGCUGACGCGGUCGCUGCGCCUCGACGGCGUCCUGGGCACGGACGAGCUCCCCUCGGCGCUCCACGCGCUCGCCGGCAGCGACCUGACGCUGGAGCGCCACGCGGGCAAUUUGGAGACGUCCGCGAGCCGGUGCUACCAGUUGGUCUCGCGCAAGGUCUUCUCGCUGCCGAAGUUGCUGCUGCUCCCGUCCAUCGUCGCGCAGCACCCCCUCGCCUUCGCGGCGGCCCUGCCGGGCUUCCUCGCCGUCGACGGGCUCAAGGCGCGGUUCCUCGCGGCGCUCACGUCCGCCAUCGAGGAGAAGCGGCGCGAGUCCGCGAAGUUGGCGUCGACGCGGUCCAAGGUCGAGGCUCACGACGGGGCAGCAAAAGAGAGCGACAUUCCCAACUUCAAAGGCUCCUAUCUCGGCCGCUUUCCACUCAUUUCGGCUGAUUUUUGGACGAGCGAUCAUCCCUCGGAGCGCCCUCGAAGCGUGGAUGCUUUUUCCGGAACGCGCGCGCGCGGAACACUCACGUUGAAGCGACGUUGAAUCACUCUUUUGCUGCCCAGGCCCACGACGUCGCCGAGGCUCUGCGCAUCGAGGACGCGGAGGCGACGGCCUUCACGCGGUCCCGCUGGGCGUUCCACAACGCCGCCGUCGAGGCCGCGCAGGCCGAGGCGAGCGCCUUGGAGACCGUGCGCCGCUACUUCCGGUGGCUGUACUGGUCCGACUUUCUUACCCCUUUGAUCGAGGUCGCGCUCGCGGCGUUAUUAGAACACGACCUCAUCGAGACGUCGGACGUCUGGCUCAUGGCGCGCGCGCUCGAGGACGCGUUGGACACGCUGCUGACGCGGAGUAGGGCGGAGGCGGAGCUCGGGGAGCUCGCGACGGACGUCGGGCGGUUGCGCGGCCUCGCGGGCGACCUCGCCGCGGCGCGGAACGCGUCGACGGCGCGGCUCGGAAGCUUGUGCGCCGUCGGCGAUUCCCUGGAGCUCGAGGGUUUGGCGUUCUCGCGGGGGCCGACGACGGUGAAUGCGACGCGCUUUGCGGCCAAGGCCGGCGACGUGCUCGCCGUGUCGGGCCCGAACGGCGCGGGCAAGUCGUCCCUCUUCGGUCUGCUGCAGGCCUGCGUCCGGGGCGUCGACGCGCCGCCGGGGCUGGACCUCGCGGCGGGGGGGUCCAUCGUGGUCCCGCGGUCCGUGGUCCACGUCUCGCAAAGGACGUAC